UGUACUACUUGUACAAUCUAUCAUCACUCAACUUUUAGUGGCCUCCACUCUUCAAUCUUAUCUACCUUCUUCGUCGUCUCUGUUGCCUAUCCUGUGCUGUUCCAGAUGGUCAUGAAAGCCGAGCUUGUCUUCAUCCCAAUGCCUCUAAUGGGCCAUUUCGUAUCUAUGGUCCAACUGGCUAAGCUUUUGCUUGAUCUCCAUCCCAAUCUCUCCAUUACUGUUCUCAUGAUAAAACUAAACCCCGAUGCAAAACUCGCUGCCUACGUCCACUCUCUCACUGCCACUCGCAUGAAAUUCAUCGACCUCCCUCCACCUGAAACCCGCGAAGAUGAAUCUCCCUCCAAUUUUGUCACUACUUUAUUGCAAACCCAUGGACCGUUAGUGAAACAGGCUGCCACCAACAUAGUUCAGUACUCCACCUCUGUGCUCGACUCGCCUCGCCUCGCCGGGUUUGUUCUCGACAUGUUUUUAACUCCUUUCAUUGAUUUGGGUAACGAGUUGAGUGUUCCGAGUUAUGUUUUUUACACAUCGGGUGCAGCUUUUCUCGGCUUUCAAUUUUAUAUACUAGACCUUCACGAUGAGCAAAAUGUUAACAUCCUUGAGUUAGAGGACUCGGACACUGAGUUCACCAUACCCUCCUAUCUCAACCCUGUGUCAUCUAAUCUCUUUCCCUCUGUUAUGCUCAAGCCUGAAUCUCUUCCUAUGGUGAUUACCUUGACAAGAGGGCUAAGAAAGGCCAAGGGUAUAAUGAUAAACACGUUUUGGGAGCUCGAAUCCCAUGCAAUCAGUUCCCUAUCUGAUGCUAGUGCUCUACCCGUUUAUCCAGUGGGACCUUUAUUGAAUCUCGAGAGUGAAAGUGAGGUCCAUCAGAGUUCUGAUAUCAUGAAAUGGCUGGAUGAACAACCGCCGUCAUCGGUUGUGUUUCUCUGCUUCGGGAGCUGGGGCAGCUUCAAUGGGGAUCAAGUGAAAGAGAUUGCUUUCGCGCUAGAGCAGAGUGGGCACCGGUUCUUGUGGUCAUUACGCCAACCCCCACACCCAUCCAAGGGCCCGAGGGCAAGCCCAACUGACUACGAUGAUGCAUCGGAGGUUCUGCCAGAAGGGUUCUUAGAUCGAACGCGUGGCAUAGGUAAGAUCAUUGGUUGGGCACCGCAAGUGGCGAUUUUGGGCCACCCAGCGACUGGAGGGUUCGUAUCGCAUUGUGGGUGGAACUCGACGCUGGAGAGUAUAUGGUUCGGAGUUCCCAUAGCGGCGUGGCCAGUUUACGCAGAACAACAACUGAAUGCGUUUGAAUUGGUGAUGGAGUUGGGAUUAGCAGUGGAAAUUAAAAUGGAUUAUAAGAGAGAUGGUAUGGAUAGCGGUGAAAUUGAAAUCGUGAGUGCCAAAACGAUAGAGAAAGGAAUAAGGAGCGUGAUGGAAGAGGGCAGUGAUGUUAGGAAAAGGGUAAAAGAGAUGAGUGAAAAGAGUAGGAAAGCCUUGAUGAAUGCUGGAUCUUCACACUCUACGUUACGUGGUUUGGUCGAUGAUGUGAUGUUUGACAUCCAUCCAUGAAAUAUGAUUAAGAAAACGAUGUGCUAUGUCUCUUAGUUUCAAGACUCAUACUCUUGUUCUCCUAUCUUAUAUUUAUAGAAAUUGGUGUUGUUAUUAUA